GUGGGACUACUCCGUAGAUGGGGAGGGGAUACUCCUUGAACAAGGAAUUAAAGAGCUUCCAAUCUGCAAAUCUCACUCGUUUCCGGCGGUUUCUUUGCCUCCUUGACCCAUAAUCUUUGUACGUCUUCAGAAGUUUAGCAUCAGGCGGAGGACGUAAACGGCCCGCGGACAUGGGACACACAAGAUCAAAAAUAAGGCCGAACCAAUGUCUGUUCUUCGAAAUCGCCGCGCGCUACAGUACCUUACCCAGUCUCCAGCAGUCCCAUGCGUGUCGAAAAAAGGGCUGUUACCCUCGGCCGCGACGGACUGGGGCCGGCUCCGGGCUCGAGUGUCGGGCCGGUGGGGGUGGAUACUGGGUGGCUCGAUCAUGGCCCCAGAAACGGCGCCGAACUCGUCACUCAAAGGGUAUUGAGCUUACGCGCGUUCUUUGGGGAUCCCGUACCCAGACGUGCAGUUGAUUUGGUGCCGGGUGGUCGGAGACUCGAGUAGCCAACCAUAGACCUGAAAGAGCUUCCGGCCAUGCAUGCUUAUGCGAGGGAUUGUUACCUGGUAUGCAGGGGCUUACAGUUGAACCUGUAUCUGGGACGGUCGAGAUGCUCGGCGCCUUACGCAUCUUAGUUUAAUCUUCUCGGAGGAUUUUCCAUAGUCGUACACGGCGUACGUCAGGUUUCUCGGGGUUGUGUCUGCUCGAACCCAACCACUGGGAUGGCAUCCCAUGUCGACGCGGGUGAUUUUAAAGUGCCGCGCAAAUUGCCCAAACGGCAUGAAUUCGCGGAGCUAAAACCUCCCACGCGGGAAGGGGAGCCUGGGAUAGCUAAGAAUAGAG